GAUGGGGUUGCUGCUUGCAAGUGUCGAAGACUGCUUUCCGGACGGCUGGUCUUCUCCGAGUGCAAAUUCAGAGGUGAAAGCACGGUCGUCCUCGGAGUUGUCCUCGGAUAGCGCUACCAACUGUGGGGAAGAUAAAGAAGAUUCUGCAAGAACUACAUCGAAUUCAAACGCGUGGAGUGACUUUGAGCCACUGCUUCGCGACCUGCACAAUGCGCUUUACGACUUUCACCUCUGGACGCUGUCUCUGCCGCCUCAGGCUGCUGUCGAGCCCAGGAAGGACGGUCGUGCCCGCACAAAAAACGUCGAAGCUGCCGUGGCGUCUUCUGCGGACCGUCCGUCUGCCCCCAGCGGCACCACCACUGCGAGGACUCAUGGCGAUCUAUUGCAGAGGUAUUUCGGAGGCGCCAUUCUCGAUGGUUCUUCACAAACAACUUCAACUCAAGGAACGUAUAGAAGCUUUGACUCACGUCAUGAUGUAAGAGAAUCCUCCUCAAUAGUGAAAAAUAGUAGUUCUCGGCGACAUCUUAAACCUGAUCUUUUUCUGUUGUGUUUCAAGCGAAUGCGACGCGUGGCACGGGCUUUGCUGACCAAUAAGCUAUGUGCUGCCCCCGAGGCAGAAAGAAUCUUGCAGCACUUCCUCAAUGUACUCGAAAGCGGCAGAAGCGGAGCUCUCACCGCAGCGGCACUGUGGCACGCGCUCUUUCCCGAGGCUGGCUCUGGCUGCGCGUCCGAAGAAGGAGUUUUAAGAUGGCGUAUGCCCUCACCCAGAGCGUCGACACCAUUUCGCUGUAACGACAAUGAAGCGUUUCAAUUUCAAGUCAACCGGGAGAGCCUUGCUGCGCUGCUUAUAUCGGCUUUUCCUGAGCGUAUGAUGAUGGGCCAAACUCUGGCGACCGUCCAGCCAGCGGGACAGGAAAGUUACGAGAGCAUGCGAAAGAUUAUCGAAAGUAGGUGCCCUGGAGAGAAGAUAAACGCGAUUACUUCAUGCUGGAAAGACAUGGUGCAGAUCCCGCUCGGAAGUGGGACUGCUGGAAGCCAGAACGCAUGGCCCGUGAAAUGGCUUUAUCAACGGUCGUCUUCGCACUCAGAUCAUUCGUCGUCGAAGCAAAAGCAUUCUCCUUUAGUGGAUGCAGCGAGGAGAAGUUUAUUUUUCGAAGACUCAAUGCGGCAGAAUGAGUCACUCUCCCAGCUCUUCACGGAUUCAGGGUAUCGCGUGCAGGGUGUAUACGCUGACAUACAAGGGCCGGGCGACAUAAUUCGACGGAAAAAUCGGAGGACCGGGAAAACAUCAUGCGAG